UUGUGGGAUGUAUUGAGGUAGUGUGUGUGUCAACAUGUUCUCAUCUCGCCAAGAAUGAGGAAAAGAGCCGAUGAGAAGUUCAGUGGGAGUCGAGGUCGCCGCCAGUCCGCUCCAGUCCACCUCCGCUCGGCCAUGGCAACUUUUCAACCCCUAAUACUCACACUUGCGGCGUGUUUAUCCUCCUUAUCCACAGUCCACGGUUCAAACAUCUGCACGUCAAGGGGCGUCACAACAUGCCAACAAUGCUUGUCUGUGGACCCCAGCUGUGCGUGGUGCUCUCAAGAGACCUUCGGGAAGGGAUCGGUUUCUCGCUGUGACCUGAAGCAGAACCUCCUGGACGAAGGGUGCAGCGCUUCAUCUUUGGAGUUCCCCACCAGCAGAUUGACGGUAACGGAGGACAGACAUCUCAGUGACAAAGCUACAGGGACGGCUGUUGUCAUUCAAAUGAGACCUCAGAAGCUGCAUAUGAUACUCAGACAAGGCGACACCAAGAGGUUCACUGUGUCCGUGAGACAGGUGGAGGACUACCCUGUGGACCUCUACUACCUAAUGGACCUUUCAUAUUCAAUGGAGGAUGAUUUGGACCGUCUGCGGACCUUGGGAAGCAAGCUGGCCAGCAAAAUGGGAACGAAAACUAGCAAGCUGCGAAUGGGCUUCGGCGCCUUUGUGGACAAGACCGUGUCCCCAUUCAUGUACACCCACCCAGCAGAAGCCAUCAAGAACCCGUGCUAUGGGUAUGCUGGUGAUUUGAAGGGGAUUUCACGUAUGUUUGACAUUGACUGUCUGCCCUUCCCAUCUAGAAUUAACAAGCAGUGCAAGACCCAGUUCGGAUUUAAGCAUGUGCUGUCACUGACGGAGAAGGUGAGCCGAUUCACGGAGGAGGUGGAAAAGCAGGACGUGUCCAGAAAUAGAGACGCACCUGAAGGUGGAUUUGAUGCUGUCAUGCAGGCGAUGGUGUGCAAGGAGAAGAUCGGCUGGCGACCGGAUGCCUCACAUCUUCUGGUGUUCACCACCGAUGCUGUAACUCAUCUGGCUCUAGACGGGCGUAUAGCAGGAAUCGUCCAGCCCAAUGAUGGGAAGUGCCACCUUGAUAAUAAUAACAUUUACAAGAAAACAUCUGUGUUGGACUAUCCCUCUCUGGGUCUUUUAACAGAGAAGAUGUCUGAAAAUAACAUCAAUUUAGUUUUAGCUGUGACAAGCGGCGUGGAGCCCUUAUACCAGGAAUACAGCCAGCUCAUCCCUGGGUCUACAGUGGGAACUCUGUCCUUGGACUCCGGAAACGUCAUCCAGCUCAUUGAAGAAGCAUAUAAGAAAAUUCGUUCGAAAGUGGAGCUGGAACUGCUGGACGUCCCUAAGGAACUAGAUCUUACUAUCAACGCAACGUGCUUGAAUGGAGAGAUCAUACCAGGGGUUGACUCCUGCUCUGGGCUCCGUGUUGGAGACACGGUGUCGUUCAGCAUUGAGGCUCAGCUGCGUGGUUGCCCCAAAGAGAAGAGUCAAACCUUCACCAUCAAGCCACGUGGAUUUAAGGACAGCCUCCAAGUCACAAUAGAGUUCGCCUGCAGCUGCAACUGCGAAGCAAAGGCUGAACCGAACAGUCCCUCCUGCAGCCAGGGUAACGGGACCUAUGAGUGUGGGGUCUGUCAGUGCCACCCGGGUCGCCUGGGCCCACGUUGUGAGUGCUCAUUGGAAGACUACAGUCCCUCCGAUGAUGACAACUGCAUCCAGAAGCCGGGCGCUCCGGCGUGUGGUGGGAGAGGUGACUGCUUGUGUGGACAGUGCUCUUGCCAUGCCAACGAAUUUGGACGAGUGUGGGGUAAAUACUGCGAAUGUGACGACUUCAACUGUCCGCGCUUCAAAGGCCUCCUCUGUUCUAAUAAUGGGGAUUGUAACUGCGGCUUCUGCCAGUGCCACGCUGGCUGGAAAGGGGACAACUGCAACUGCACCACCCGCACCGACACCUGCAUGAGCAACCUGGGUUCGUUGUGCAGCGGCCGCGGCAUCUGCCAGUGUGGAGUGUGUCAGUGCACUCAGCCUGGAGCCUACGGCGCCACCUGUGAGAAGUGUCCCACCUGUCCCGACUCAUGCUCCAUUAAAAAGGAGUGUGUGGAGUGUCAGCACUUCAAAAGAGGCCAGUACACUGAAGACAACAGCUGCAACCGAAUCUGCAGAGAUGACCUCAAAGUGGUAGAUCAGCUGGUUUUCCAUAAAAACGCAGUGAAUUGCUCCUACAAGGAUGAAAACGACUGCGUGGAGCACUUCCAGUACUACGUUGAUGAAAUUGGCAAUUCUAUUCUGUUUGUGAUCAAAGAACCAGAGUGUCCUGAAGGUCCAAACAUCUUGGUGGUUCUCCUGGCUGUGGCCGGCGCUAUUUUACUGCUAGGACUUGUUGGCCUGCUCAUCUGGAAACUUCUGAUCACCAUCCAUGACCGCAGAGAAUUCGCCCGGUUUGAGGAGGAGAGAGCUAAAGCCAAGUGGGACACGGCGAAUAAUCCUCUGUACAGAAAUGCAACCUCUACCUUCAAAAACGUAGCCUACAGAGGAACCUAGAUGACCUGAACACCAGGAGGAGAACUCAGGGGUCGACGGCAGAGAUGGAAUGUAGUUUUGUAGCACAAAGAACAAGAUGCAGUUCACUGGGAUGCAGCGGCACUACUGCAGCUGAAGAUCAAUUCAGUUUAGUAUUCUGGCGUUCUGUGAAGCUCGGCGAGAUUCAACACUGUCCAUUGGCUGUUUUACAUUAACGUGUCAGAGGUAGAACGUAAAGACGUCAGAGUUAUAAUGAGAAUCGAUUUUAGAAUAAAUCUUUCACCAUGUUUUGGGAACACGAAAAGCAAGUCUUGUCAUUCAACUUCAUGGCAGUAUAUCUAUGUCACUUGAGGAUGAUUUGAUAGUAUAGAUUCUCAGCCGGAGCUGUUGCAUUCCGUCCUGGCUUUGGAGCCAUGUUCCACCGUGUUUAAAUAGUGAUUUGAAAUUAUAGUACUUUGGUCUUUUCAUGGGUUUUUGGGACAGAUUUACAGGCGUAUCCUUUCUUUUCUCCUCACUUAAAAUAAGCACGAAACUCUGUCCUUGCUUAGAUGGCACGCUUACUCCAGACUUUGUUUCUGGGUUUCCUUAGCAACGCGUUUUUGUGCGGCAACUUAACCAAUGUGUAAGGUUGAUUUCACGUAUAGCUUUUUUUCAGGGUCUGCUUUUUCACGCAGCUGCUAACAAGCAGAUCUCUUGGGAUUGAUAAAUGAGGGACAUGGGUAGAUGCCUUCGGUCCAGUCCACAUGAAGACAGUGUCCAGACAAGGUCUGUUUGUAACAGUCCGUUGGCCUUUUUGAAGCUCUUUCCCCGAAUAGAUUUGAAAAUACCAGUUUCACCGGCCUAAGUACUUGGAUCGACACAUUCCCCAGUCGACAUUUCAACAUCUCCACCUCAUUCUCGGCCCUCACCAACAUCCCUCAUGUAGUCUUCAUUUGUCUUUCUCUUUGAUUUGUAGAGACUGACCUUAUACUCAAGCACCUUUUGUCUUGGAUAAGAUUGACAACACCACACGCAGACCUGGCAUGAGUACUUUCAUUUUUUCCAGUCAGUCUUUGUGAACGCAGAUUUCUCUUUCAAGUUUACAGAGCAUGUUUGUCAAAAGGGAAGUGGAAAAGAUUGGAGAGGCAAACGUGGGAUUUGGUGUGGACGAGGCUUUAAUUCACUGGUACAGCACCAACCACGGUUCCCCUGCUGUUUACGUUGGCAUCCACAUCAUAGCUUGCUUGUCAUGGAAGUCCAUCCAUUUCCACCAGCAAUUCAAAUGCAACAUCAGUUUAAUAUUAAUCACUGAAUUUCAUUUUAGGUCACAAAGCGGAGAAUCAUUCAAAUCAUUAUUUAGCUAAACAAAGUGUGACUGGGUGCAGCUUUUGAAAGUCCAUGCUUGAUGCCAUGGAUUUUUUUUUUUUUUUUUUUUUUACAAGAGCAUCUAAUGAGAUUACUUUAAAUGAAAAAGCCUCAAACUGCAGCAGGCUUUGUUUACAAGUUUGUACUUUUCGUACAUUUGUGGCAGCACAUUUUUGACUGUUCUCUUUCUACUCCACAACAAUUAUUGUGUGUGUGUGUGUUCUGUAUUUGUAAAUAAAGUGGCCCGUUUUUUUUCUGAUUCAUCUACACACAACGGCACAAUGUUUGAUCACAAUGCUUGCUGCUUUUUUUGCACAAUAAACGGAAUAACAAGGGUGAGUCACUGCGAUUUAUUGACUUCAAGUAUCAAAUUUUUUUCCCCUUGUUUAUUUUCGAUCUUUACAUCAACAUACUUUUUAAACCAUCCGAGGU